AUGUAUAUAAGUACUAGCGGCAGUGGGAACGACCCUUCCCGCCUAAUGGGGGACUUUUCCCCAGAUUGUAUACCAACCUUCGUCCUUGACAGUCCAUUCCCUGCUGCCUAUAUAGCUAAUUACUAUAUCGUUGCAACCGUUACUGGCGGUGCAUCCAGCAUCGACUUCCCUGCUGCUGGGUAUUUGAUCAAACAAAACUGGGCUGUUGCAAUUGUAGAUUAUAAUGCAGAAGGCGGACGAAAUACUGCGCAGGAACUCGGAGAGAAAGUAUGUUUCGCACAAGCCGAUGUCUCGAGUUACGAUCAACUUGCCAGCUCUUUUGUAUUAACCUGA